UCUAACCUCACAUUUUGCUACUGACAUAAAUGAUGUUUUUUGCUUUUGUUUAAUAACAAAUGCAUCUAUUGUUUAUUAACUGAUAUGACUCCAUAUUUUCUCAUGGCAAAUCGUAAUCAACCAAAAUGGACAAUCACCUGCAUAAUUUGAACGGGCAUCAGAAAUUCCUAAGAGAAUUCAUAAAUCUCUACAGACAACAAGAAUGUCUUUGGAACAAAGAUCAUCCAAACUAUAAAAAUAGGAACGAUCGCAGUGAGGCGUACGAAAUUCUACUCAAAAAAUGUAAAGAAUACAUUCCAGAGGCUGAUGAGGAUUAUGUUAGAUUGAGAAUAGACUCUAUGCGUUCUACUUUUCGAAAAGAACGAAAAAAAGUUUUGAACUCACGAAUGCAAAACCCUGAUUCCAAAAAUGUAUAUAAGCCAUCUUUAUGGUAUUAUGAUCUUCUGUUAUUCACUACUGGUGAGGUAAAUGAGGAGCAGGAUAACUCGAUAACCAAUGAAACUACUGUAGAAACAAAUCCUGAAGAUUAUAAUGUUGUUAGAAUCCCAUUCUGGGGCAGAGAAUACUCUUCUUUGGCCAUUAAUCUCUACAAAAAACAUACAUGCUUAUAUGCUUUAAAUGACCCUAACUACAAGAGUAAACAUAAAAGGGUUGAAGCUAUUAAGAAAAUAACUGAAGAAUUGAAGGCUAAAACAGGCAAAAUAUUCUUCGAGGAUGACGUAAGGAGAAAAAUUCAUUUACUUAGGGGACAAUUUAUGUAUGAAUUCAGAAAAAUUGAGAAGCAUAGACAGUCUGGCAAAGAUGUUUCUAGCUAUCAACCUUCUCUUUGGUGUUUCAACAUGCUCUUUUUCCUCAGAAAACAUAUUGUGAAAAUGGAAAGUAUGCUCAAGAGAAAAGAUGGAGAUCAGAUCCAGCGACAAAGCAAAAGAAUUAAGAUGAGCAAUGGGAAUAUUUCUAGUGACCAAGAUUAUAAUCAUGCAGAGGUUCUCAAACAGGAAAGUGAUAGUGGGGAUAAUGAUCGAGAUAACUAUGAGGUAUCGGCAGAUAAUAUCGAUAAUGACUCAUUUGAUCAAGUUGAUAUUUCUCAAACUGUUGAGGCAGGAAACAGUUUGGAUAUCAAGCAGACUGAUGAUGUCUAUGAUACAAUAGGAAAAGUGAUGGCUAAAAGACUUCGAGACAUGACAGCAGAACAGAAUGGUAUUGCCUUGAAAUUGGUACAUGAUUUAAUGUAUCAUGGACAAAUGGAGAAUUUGACAUCUAAUUCUAAACUAGUUUUAUAAUUGUAUAAAUAUUAUUAUGUUAUUGUUAAAUUAUUUUAAAUUUUGUACAUUCAGAAAACUUGUUUCUUUAUAUAUCUUAAGAAAGAUAUUGUGUUAAAUGAGGUGUCCUGAUGAUAUAAUGAAUCUUUUUCAACUUUGCUUGAUUAAUAUGAAGGAGAUUUAUCCUGAAAAUUGGCAAUUCAAUAAAGGAAUUUGGAUGAUUAAAAGAGAA